CACAUGGGCCAAGUACCAAUAACAAAGCCCAAGAACCCAUUCUUGAAUAUCCUCCAAAACAAACCCUAAUGAAAAUCACAGUGACAUAAGAGCUAUUCAGUGUGCACUUGCAGUCGCCGUUUUCUCUCUCGAUCUACACCCUUUCCCUCAGAAAGAUGAAGGUGAUCGCUGCUUACAUGCUCGCCGUGCUCGGAGGCAACAACAGCCCCUCCGCCGCCGAAAUCAAGAAAAUCAUCGGCUCCGUUGGAGGUGAUGCUGAUGAUGAUAGGAUUGCAUCAUUUUUGUCUGAACUCAAGGGUAAAGAUUUAGCUGAGGUUAUUGCAGCUGGAAAGGAAAAGUUGGCAUCUGUGCCUGCUGGUGGCGGUGGUAUUGUGGUUGCUGCCGCUCCCGGUGGUGGUGGUGGUGCUGCUGCCCCAGCAGCUGCUGAGGCAAAGAAAGAGGAAAAGGUGGAGGAGAAAGAGGAAUCUGAUGAUGAUAUGGGUUUCAGUCUCUUUGAUUAAUUGGUGUAGUCUAUUCAGCACUUGUCCAGAACAUAUUCUGUAUUAACUCUAGAGCUGCUGAGCUUAAGUUUUGUUCUAAAGAGUAGUGUGUAAGAUUUCAAUUUCAUGAUUAAACUAAAUUGGAUGGAUUCGGUUUGAUAUUUAGUUUCUUGAUGGUAUUUUGGUC